AUGGCUCCGAAGCCUCCACCAAUAGGACCCCCACCGCCGCCUGGUCCACCACCGCCUGGUCCACCACCACCUCCCGUGUUUGGUGGCGCCGCGAAAGGUGGAUCUUCUGACAAUAGAAGUGCAUUACUAAGCUCAAUUAGACAAGGAGCAAAGUUAAAAAAGACUGUUACUGUUGACAAAAGUGGACCUUACAUACCUGGCAAAGUUACUAGUGUUGCAAGAGGAAGUUCAACUGUUGGAAAUGGUGUUCAAAGUGGUGCACCGGUGCCAAAUGGAGGAGGUUCGAUUGGUCCUGGACUUGGAGGGUUAUUUGCUGGUGGAAUGCCAAAGCUAAGACCAACAGGGAAGUUAGCAGGUACAACUCUCAAUGGCCAAGUUAAAGCGGACGCUCCACGAUUUCCGGUACAAACAUCACAAACGCAACAGUCUCAGAGAUCUUCACCGGAGAAGAAUAAACCUGUUCUACCAUCACCUUUGCCUGGCAAUAAGCUGAGCGCCAUAUCAGCGGUGCUGAACGAAGCUAUGGCCUUGAGGGAGUCUUCACAAGAUUCUUCAAGGGAUAUCAGGGACUCUCCGAGGGAUCCUCCUCCAAAUCGGCCAGUGGUGAAACGGCAGCCGAGCGAAGUUAAAACUAGGGGACCUCCGCCACAACCACCAGUCCAAAAGCCUGCAAUGCCUUUGAGUUCAUCAGAUUCCGUGCUGACGACAGGGGCCGUGGUUGAGCGCGCUAAUAGCUUACAAAAUGCGGAGCAAAACCUGCCGCCUCAUGUCGCUUCCACGCUUCACCGCAACAAGAGCUCGCUUCAUUCCUCUUCGCAGUCCUCUCUUGGUGGCAGUAUGACGUCGCUGACGACCGCGCCGGCCGCGGCGCCGGCGGGCGCGAGCCUGGCGUCGCUGUCGACGUCGGACCUGACGGAGCGCGCGCGGCCGAGCCACGGCAAGCCCAACGUGGCGCCCAAGCCGCCGGCGCCCUCGCCGCCGCCCAAGAAGCUCGUGCUCAACGGCAGGGCCGCCGCGCGCGCGCAGAGCAUGCGGGUGCCCAGGUCGCCACCGGUGUCGCCGCCGUCGCCGCCGGGUGCACCUUCGCGGCCGCCGCAGCCGCCGCCCGCCAACCCGCACAUCGCCACCAAGAACCCCGCUUCGCACUUCGGUACGCUACGAGGCGUGCGCGCUCUGCGUCCGCCGGGCGUGUGUCCGCCGCCGCCGCCCGGCGCGCCGCCGCCGCCGCCGUCGCGCCACGCCUCGCUGGCGCCGCACCCGCCCCCGCCCCCGCCGCCGCACCACCCGCACCACCGCCACAACAGCAUAACGAGCACGACGAGCGGGGCGGGCGCGGCGGGCGAGGAGGCGGGCGCGCCGGCGCCGCCGGUGCGCGGCUCGUCCAUGCGCGCGCCCGAGCUGGAGGCGCGCUUCGCCGACUUGUUCCGGCCGCCCGCCGCCUUCCCCGCGCCCGACCCCUUCCUGCGCAUCGCCAAGGACUACAGCAGCGCCGCGCUCGCCGUGAAUAAAGCGCAAGCGCCUCUGCCGCCAUUGAAAGUUCCGCUGGAAGGCUGGUCGGGCACUUCUAGCGCUUGCUAG